CGCGAGUGCUCGAGGACUUGCCUGCUCCGUUUUCUUUUCGCCCACAUCCGCCGUUUUGCCUCGCCGUUCUGCCGCGCCAUCGCAUCGUCCGCGCUCCUUCUCAUCGUUCUUCCCCCGGUACGGCUCGACGGCGGGCGUGGGCGCUGGAGUUGCGGCUCCGAGGCCGAGGCGCCGGGUGGUGCGUUGGGUGCGCUCGGUUCGGGAGAUCCCGGACUUUGCUGCUCGCGCGGUCAGACAGGGAGCGCCGGAGGAGGAGGAGGCUGUUCAAGUGCAAGCUGUGCUGAACUAAGGGUUCUGGCUUCGGACUCUGUGUACGCGCCGCGGCAGGAGGGAGCUGGAGAUGUACGGGCCGCCGUCCCGAGGCGGCGGGGGAGCCGGCGCUGCCGGAGAGCAGCCGAGGGUUUACCAAGUUUGGCAUGGAAGCAACGAGUUUUUCUUGCAAGGCCGGUUCAUAUUUGGACCUGAUGUGAGAUCCUUGUUUCUCACCAUAUUCCUUAUUCUUGCACCAGUGGUGGUCUUCUGCAUAUUUGUGGCCAGACAUCUUAUCAAUGACUUUCCUGAUCAUUGGGGAGUUUCAGUCAUGGUCAUAGUGAUUGUCUUCACAAUAUACGAUUUGACACUGCUCCUUCUUACCUCUGGUAGAGAUCCUGGUAUAGUGCCUCGUAACACCCAUCCUCCUGAACCUGAAGCUAUUGAUAUGAACAAUGAUGCUGGAAAUGGUCAGACACCACAACAGUUGCGGUUGCCACGGACAAAGGAUGUUAUCGUAAAUGGGACCAUUGUGAAAGUCAAGUACUGUGACACCUGCAUGCUGUACAGACCACCUCGAUGCUCACACUGUUCUAUCUGUAAUAACUGUGUGGAGCGCUUUGAUCACCACUGCCCUUGGGUUGGGCAGUGCAUAGGAUUGCGCAAUUAUCGGUUCUUCUAUAUGUUUGUAUUCUCUACAACAUUACUGUGUCUCUAUGUAUUUGGCUUCUGCUUUGUGUACAUUGUCAAGAUUAAAGACGCAGAGCAGUCGACGUUCUGGAAAGCAAUGUUAAAGACCCCAGCAUCAAUCGUUCUGAUCAUAUACUGCUUCAUCUGUGUGUGGUUUGUGGGUGGUCUGUCUGUCUUCCAUUUCUAUCUCAUGAGCACUAACCAGACAACCUAUGAGAACUUCAGAUACCGCUAUGAUCGGCGGGACAAUCCGUACAACAGAGGGACCGUGAACAACUUCAUGGAGAUAUUCUGCACCUCAGUCGCUCCUUCCAAAAACAAUUUCCGAGCUAGGGUCCCAGCAGAGCAAGGUUUACAGCAAGCACGUGCGCCAGCAAGGGGUUUCAUGAGCCCAAACAUGGGUAAACCUAUUGGGGAACUUGAAUUGGGCAGGAAGCCAAUAUCAUGGGAUGAACCUCGGUCAGCAGCUGAUAUCAGAGACUUGGAGGUUGGUCUAGGCAGCCUACUGGACGAGAAGGAAGGCAGGGUAGCCCAUGCAUCCCCGGACCUGAGCAGAGAAGCCCUUCCUGAGCUUGUGGAAGGGAGGGCUGGUACGCAUUCGAGGCGAUCAAGCUGGGGUCACAGAAGUGGGACCUCGGCCUCCAUGGAUAGCCUUGCUGCGCAAAUGGGGACCGCAGAAUCAAUGGGGCUCCAUUAGCAGUGUCCAUGGUACAACCAGUGGAGCUCACUAGCAAGCCGCUCCACGUCUUGAUGCGUCUCUUUGUGUAAACCUGCCUGAUACCACCAACUAAGAAGCAACCUUUGCGUGCUCUGUGCGCCUGUGCUUUUCACUCUACCUAGGAUAUACGUCUGCAGCGUUUUCUUUACUCAGCGCCCUGGGAGAGCGCAUCAGUUCUUCUGAUGUGCUUCCCGUUUGGUGUCCUAAGCAAAAAUAACAGAAGUGCCAUUUAACUCCUUAUUAGUUGUUUCUUGUUUGGACCAACCACUGUAUAUAGAUAUAUAUCAUUGCAAAUUGGAAUUGUCU